AUGUCAUGCAACGACCAUGAUGAUAUGGAUGUAUUUGUGCAAGUGCGCAAAGCGGACACAGAUGGCCGGAUACUCCAAAACGUUAAUGGUCCCCUCAGUGAUCUGAAAAUGGCUGAAUCUGACGUUGAUUCUGUGAAUCCAUUGAAAUACCUUGGUCCAACUGGUAUCCUCCGGCACAACCUGGCCUGA